AUGUCAUCAGACGGUCCAAAUCAUAAUGAGUUCGAUUUUGAGUUCCUGGGGAACACUACAGGUGAACCUCACCUUGUCCAAACCAAUGUGUAUAUGAAUGGCGUAGGUAACAGGAAGCAGAGGAUGGACCUGUGGUUCGUCCCCACCAAGGACUCUCAGACUAAUUCCCGCCAGGGGAACGAAUCUUCGAUGACUUUUACAUGCCCCUUGGGUCCCAUUCAGAUCUACAAGAGAAACAUGUAUACUCUGCAACGUCUCCUUCAAUCACCGUGGCUUAUCGCAAUACCAUACACGUCAGACCCCACCCAAUUUAUGAUGGAUGAGACCCCAAUUAGAGCGCACACCAACUUGGAACACAAAGGAAUUCCCUUUCCAAAGGAUCAACCGAUGGGCGCGUACAAUUCAAUAUGGAAUGCGGAUGAAAACUGA